AUGAGAGCGUCCCAAAGUACUAAGAAUUUGGCCCGCGCCCCAAGCACUACUUCAAGCUCUUCGAGCCACCCACGCAUGAGCGCUGCUACGACGACAUCCACAGAGACAUCCACCUUCGCUUUUAGACCAAACCAAACCAUCACAGUCAAACUCCGCAAUGACAACACAACACCCCCACAAACCCGCCAAUAUCUCCUCCCUCGAGACCGCGUAUGUUACACAUCCCUCUACUUCCGGGACCAUCUUUCCCCAUCCUCACCCUCCAGCCAGAAACACCGCGACGGUGUGAUCCGACUCAAUUUUCCCGAUUUCGUGAUCUUCGAAAUAUACGUCGAAUGGCUUAACACCGGAACCGUCCACACGAAAGCAGAUCUCCAAGCCCAACUCGAACAUACUAGACCCAGUGCAGAGGUGCGAAAUGAAAGAUAUAGAACGCCGGAAGAUAUCGCAAGAGCAGCAUACACUGACUACCUAGGCUGCUAUUUCCUUAGCGACUGGAUCCGCGACACUACCUUCAAAGAUACCAUCAUCUCCCUUCUCAUUUCUACCAUGAACCUUCCCAAUAACAGCGGACACCCUGAGCAAUUCGUCAAGUGUCUUAAACCCAGUUUAGUGGAUUUGCUGUUCAUGGGUUUCCAGCCCGGUGACACGAUCCGGAAGUUCCUGUUUUGUGCGGUUGCGAGAUUUGGCACAAAGCAAGAUCUCGAGAGAUUCAUGCCGGAUGAGGGAGGCGAGGAGUGGCCACGGGCAUUUGUAAGGGGGUUAUUGGGAUGGUUGUAUGGGGAGGUUGUGCAGAGCCGGAGAGCAGACUCGUUGGGGAGGGUGAUGGAAAAGGAUCAAAGUUCAGAGUACCCGUUUACCUCAACAGGCUCUUCGGUCUUGCCGCCAGUGUCACUUCCCUCGUUCGUAUCGCUGACAACUUCCUCGGAGUCGACUUGCCAGGGUGGUAUGGGGGAGUCUGAGACUGUGCGAAUGACAACAUGUGAUGAACAAGAAUCGGGGGCAGGAGUGAAUGAGGUACAGCCAAGAUGGCCGGAGGAUUGGGAGGAACAUUGCUUCUUCCAUGAGCAUACGUAUCUGACCCGGCCGUGUCAUAGGAAUCAGGCACCGGGGCUACGGGUUGGGCGAAGGAGCUUGAUGGGUGUUUGUACAGUUUGGAUAUGA